GAAAGACACGCAUGAUAUUCCCGGCGACAAGAGUUAUUACUCACCGUUUACCCAGCUUAGUGAGGAUCUGAAGACAGAACUCAAGGAUAUAUUGGGCAACGCAACUUUGUCUUGCCAUUCGACGGAACAUCCAAACAUAACGGACAAGAUACUGAAAAUGUACCAGUCGUGCAUGAAUGAGAAUAUAUCGGAAGAUACGAGCCUGGAAGCGCUACGAGAAAUAAUGAGUCAAGUGGGCGUCCCAUUGUGGCCCGUGUCGUCGACAUGUGUCAACAUUCCUGACUGGAAAAACACGUUCACAAAACUCAUGACCCAUCUUGGUCUGAGCCCAAUACUAUACAUGGGCGUAGAUCAGGAUGUGAAAAAUGUUACCAGGUAUACCUUUCAGAUGGACCAGCACCAUUUUGGCAUUGUUGGCCGAAACCAGUUUCUGAACCAGUCUAACGAGCACAACCGUAAAAUAAUCGAUGCAUACGAGCAGUACAUCAUGAAAAUCGCAAAUCUUACGAACUACGGGACGAUGAAGGAGGAUGAUCUUCGAGCUCUUGCGAAGGAAAUUGUUGACCUCGAAGUUCAGAUUGCAAACAGAACCCGAUCACAAGAAGAAAGGCGUGAUUACCAUGCAAUGCACAACAAAUUAACUGUGCGUAAACUGAAGCAGGAGUUUGGGAAGAGAUGCCAUAAAGUCACUGAGUCCAUACUUCCUGUACUUCCUUGUCCAUAA